ACUAGUUUCCCCACCCAGUUCAUUUGAUCACUAUAUAAUCAGAACCAGAGGGGUCCAGUUCACACAGCUGGAACCCAUCUCCAGGAACAAAGAGCUGGAAACCAUCUUCAGUUGGAGGGACUCUUCCAGAUUUUUGUAAGAUUCUUACCCCUGGGCGCCUCCAAGGUAGUGAUGGCUCUCCAGAAGACCCUUUCAUUGCUUCUGCUCUCGCUGCUGACCCUGCUGGGGCUGGGGCUGGUGCAACCCUCCUAUGGCGAGACCAGAUUUGAAAAAUUCCAGCGGCAACAUGUGGACUCUAUAGGGCCAGGUGGCACCAACUUGUACUGCAACAGGAGGAUGGACAAACAGGGGAUGACUAGGCUUAAGUGCAAGGAUUUCAACACCUUCAUCCACGAAAACAUCGGGACCAUUAAUAACAUCUGCAACAACCCUAAUAUCAGGUGCAAGAAUGGCAGGAUGAACUGCCAUGAGGGUGUAGUGAGAGUCACAGACUGCAAAGAUACAGGAAGUUCCCCGCCACCCAACUGCUCCUACCAGGCCACUGCCAGCACUAGGCGUCUUGUCAUCGCCUGUGAGGGUAACCCCCUGGUGCCUGUGCACAUUGACAGAUAGAUGCUACCCUGCAGGGGUUAUGGUCCCGUGGUUGACCUUUUACUUAUUCCUUCAAUUGCAAUGAGUAAUGCAUUUGAGCUCUCUCAGGCUCUGCCUCCUCUGCUUAUUACUCCCUUUUCUCUAUAUAAUCCAUUCUGUUAAAUGCAUCAAAGAGAAAUGGAGACAUAAUCCUAUAAUGGUACUGGGCUUUUCUGUAAUAAAAAUUUCUACAAACUCUUCUGUUUCCUUUAGAAUGCUGGUCAGCUUAGCUCUCUCAGAUCCUAUCCUCUGGAAUUUAGUUACUAUGUAUUUGAUAUAGCAUUACAAGUAUUUUAAGGUGCUUCCAUCUCAGUUAUCUAAUUUUAAUACCACCACACCCAUGUGAUGCUGAUGUUGCUACAUAUAGGAGCCCAAACUUAAAGGAUUUGCUGAAGAUCAUGAAGUUAGUGGAAAUGCUGAA